AUGAGGAUAUCGGGAUACUCUGCAGAGGUGUUAGAGGGGAUCCAGACCAUGUCUAUAGGCUGCGGCACGGCGUUCCGCAGGUUGCGGAAGCUCGUGGACUCGACGUACGUUAAACACCCGAGCGCCGUCCGCGUCGCUCUCGCAAGCGCCGUCAACACCGCCCUGGGAGUGAUCGAGACCACAAUUGCCGUCGAGGGCCCGCGAGCGCGGUCCCUCCUGCAGCUGCAGGUCAAGAUACGCGGCAUCUCUCUAAUCCUUGCCGAGUUCGACGCCCUUGUCGGGAAUCUCAAGUCUCGCCACGCCGAUGAUGUCGUGCUCGCCCAGGUGUUCCGGCGCGCCAGGGCAGCCGAGCACAAGGACGUGUACGUCCGGGACACGAUGCGCGAGGUUCUGCAAAGGGUGGCGCGGCCGUGGCUUGACUUCAUGGAGGAAUGGUCUGGUAUACGGCCCGAGUCAGGAAUCGCGCUGAGCAAGGGCGAUGUGGGAAGGCAAAAGUUCUUCGUCAGGGUGGCUCCGGAGGUGUAUAUUGACGAUUUCGGACAAGAGGUGGAGGAGGUCGACUAUCGACUCGACCGAGAGGCGGUGCCGGAGUUUUUGCCCGAGGAUCUUGUGGAUGCGCUCUUUGAGGUGGGGAAAAAUAUUCGAUUCAUCCGAGCAGGCCAUCCGGAGCACCCACUCGCCCAGCAAGAUACUAUUACCUCGAGCGACCCGCCCCGGAAUAACUGGUUGUACAACUGGGACGCGAUAUUAUCUCUCGAACAGAGGGUUUCAGAUUACGAACAGGCUCUGUCGGCCACCAUCUCGAGGGCGAGGGCGGAAAAUGGCCAUUGUACAGCUCACACGAUAGACCUGGGGGCCACGCCCGCCCAACCAUACGAUCUUCAGGUAUUUGGGGCUGAUCCUUCCCAAAUCGAGCACCUCAUCCUCUCUUCUAUACGGGAAUUAGACCAACCACUAGCCGAGACUGGCGAGCCGGAUAGCCUCCAGGGUAUCAUCAGCAAACGGCUCUCCGACGAUCAUCAUACUGUCCGAUAUGAGGACCAUGGUUUGGACUUGAGCCCACACUGGUCUCUACUACCGUCGCUAUCUUUUGGGCCGAUUGUGGCGGCCCAGGGCCGCAUCAUCAACCGCGAAAGUCUGCGGCUUUUAUUCACGACGCACAAUCUCCGACGCCACCUGCGUGCGCAAAGGCAGUUUCAGUUGUUCGGCAACGGAAUGUUUUGUAGCCGCCUUUCCCACGCCCUAUUCGACCCAGAUAUGGAAACGGCGGAGCGGCAAACCGGCGUCGCCCGGGAAGGGGAGUGA